AUGUCCCGAGUGUUCAGUGCUCCGAGCAAGGCUCUACUUGCUGGUGGUUAUUUGGUGCUAGAUCCAGCCUAUUCCAGUUUUGUGACAGCGUUGUCAGCUAGAAUGUACGCUGUCACAUCCGUGGAAGAAGCCAACGAAGCCUCUGUGAUACGAGUUGAAUCUCCGCAAUUUGAAAGUGGCAGUUGGGAAUACUCUUUUAGAAUUGACGAUUCGCAAAUACCGUUGGUUAUUACAGAGAAAAACUCCAAGCGGAAUCCGUUUGCCGAAGCCACGGUCCAUACCUUGGUUAACUACGUGAAACCAACCCAGAAUUACCGCAUCAAAGUCACCAUAUUCUCGGACUCCGAGUACCAUACGCAAGACGGCACGCGACUGGAGUCGUCGACAAACGGUUCCAAGAAGUUCCACUGGCAUACCAAGCCAAUUGACCAGGUUCCCAAAACAGGCCUUGGGUCCAGUGCAGGCUUGGUGACCGUUUUGACUACGGCUCUAUUAUCAAUAUACGUUCCAAAUUUCAAGUGCAACGACGAGAGAAGUCUUCUUCAGAUUCACAAUGUCGCUCAGAUAGCACAUUGCAUUGCUCAGAAGAAGGUGGGUUCUGGUUUCGAUGUUGCUGCCGCUACGUAUGGCAGCAUAGUAUACCGCAGAUUCGAGCCAGCAAUCAUCACCCAGCUGGUCUCAGAAAGUCACUUGCUGAGCUUGGAGGAUUACCAUAGGGAACUCAGGAAAGUUGUUUUGGAUACAGAUUGGCAUUUUGUGACGGAAAAGUGCUCUUUACCAAAAGGAAUCCGAAUUCUCAUGGGAGAUGUUGCCGGUGGUUCUGAGACUCCUAAGAUGGUUUCUCAGGUUUUGGCCUGGAGAUCGCAGAAACCCGAAUAUUCUCACGAGGUCUGGACUAGUCUCAACACUGCUAAUAUGGCUCUGGUAGACAGUCUGCAGAACCUCAAAUUGCUCAGUGAAAGCGACCCCCAUGCAUACUCCGAGUUGAUCUCUGCAUUGCAGACAUACAAUGUUGCACAGAUAAAGAACCUGGCGUCUUUUUCUGUGGACUACGCUGCCAGAUUUGAGCUGAUUAUCAAUAUCGUGCAUUCUAUCGAAAACAUUCGCCAUUGGAUGAGAGUCAUGACCAGAGAGUCCGGGGCCUCGAUAGAACCAUCUGAACAGACCAUUCUGCUGAACAACUGCAAUACGGUUAAAGGCGUUCUGGGUGGAGUCGUGCCGGGUGCCGGUGGUUAUGAUGCCAUCUGUCUGAUUGUUGCUGCUUCUUCGAUUUCCAGUAUUAUUGAGUCUACAAAGGGAUCUGGGGAGUCAUCCAAUCUAGAUCUUUCCAGCAUCAAUAAGCACCAGUUUGACCGCGUUUCCUGGCUCGAUCUGACCGAGCAGCAAGACGGAGUCUUGGAGGAAAACUUGGAAGAUUUCAAGGGGUUGCUAUAA